AUGCCGCCGCCACCGCCGUGGUUAUCCAAACCUUCGAACUUGGCCUAUCAAACCAGCCACGCGCCAAUGUCGCCGACAAUCAAGGAAGAGCCCGGUGCAGCGGAGCCGCUGUAUGCAAUUGCGCAAGCCGAUCCGAUGCCCGGGAGCGCCAAAAGGAAGACAAGGAGCGACAGCCACUCUGGUUCACCCUCGCAGGACAAGGGCAGAAAGAAAAAAUUGGGAAGAUUGAAUCCAGUGAGGGAGAGAAAGGUGAAAGCAUCAGAAACCUGGCAGUACAUCAAUCGUCUGGUAUCAGCUCCCAUUACAGUACCCGCCUUUCCAAAGACCAUACGCGCAGUCCUUCAACUGCCACGCAAGCGAGACCUACCGGAUGGCUGGAAACAUCGUCUCGCUCUGGAGAAGCCCAGUUUCGCAAAUAUGGCACUACUCAUCAACUACCUCAAUGGCGACGCACCCACGGAUAGUCUCUGCAACUCCUCUGCUGGAAACUGUGCUGGAAAAUGGGAAACGGCUGGCCCUGCCCUUGCCAGUCUAGAAGAAGGAAAGGGAACCAUUUACAAGGACUGCGCAUUUCCCCGUUGUGUUUUCUUCCCUAUUGUCAACGACGAACACCAAUCCAGCAAAAGGAUUUGCUGCAAUGCAUUCUACCGGAGUUCCAACAGCCCUUCCACACCGAACAUUUGGUCGCCACCCAAUCUCGUCCACGGUAUGGCCUCAUUUCUUACAUCUUCUUUGUCUGCCUCUUCAUCUUCCAUAAAGAAGGAGCCCGGAACAGAGGAAUCUCCGAUUGCUCAGCAAAUCAUGAAGACCAACAGUUUCAAAAGAGAGAGGGAAGACGAUGACCCGUCUGAAUCUGGUCCACGCAAGAAGCAAAGACAACAAAACAAUGAGGCCGAUGAGGAAGGCUUCGAGAAGUUGCAGAUAAGGGUCAAAGCAACCGAGACAUGGCAAUAUCUCAAUUGUCUCACCCAUUCUGAACCGAUCGUGCCCAAAAUUUCAAAGGGGCUUGUAAAGCUCCUCGAAACCGAUGGUGCUCGCAAGCGCAACCUCCCCAUUGCCUGGCAACGCAGACUGGCAAUUAAAAGGCCCAGCCGCAGGAUUACGAAAUUGCUUCUUAACUUCCUCACUGGCGACAAUGUGUCAGAUCACUUCGUCCUCUGCAACCUUCCGGGAGCCAAUUGUCGGGAGAAGUGGAUAACGGUCAGCCCAGCCGUCGAGGGCAUGCAGCAAGGAAAACCGGACAUAUACAGGGAGAUUGCCUUUUAUUGCUGUGUUUUGUUCGAAAGCCGUUCCGGCCAGAGAAAGUGCUGCAACGCGGUCUACCGAGGCUUCCACAACCCGCCUAUGCCGGACGUUUGGUCGCCGCCCACUUCCGCACCCGUCUCGGCACCCACUUUGGUCCCCACUCCGGUGUUGUCUCUGGUGUUGUCCCCGGCGCCGUCUUCGUCGUCGUAUUCAUCAUCAUCUUCCUCUUCCUUGUCGGAAUCCUCUUCACCAUCUCCCUCCAGAUCGUCUUCGCCGUACUCUCCGCCACCCGCUACCACCAUGAAUACAGGAAGAGCUCUCCCCGCAAAUUCCUACCCGGGAACUCCUAGUCAUCAGAUCGUCCAAGGAACGCCAGCCCAGUGUCAGACCGGAACCAUCGCCAUCCUCUCGGCACAGCGCAACGUGCCUAAUGACCUCUUCACACCGGGAAGCGGUAAGCCACAUAUUCGCCUCCCCCACUCUUACCACGUGCCCCUUAACGCAACAUCACUGACAACCUCUCAAGGCCCGACCAGUCACGCGCACUCUGACUCAGCAAGCCGGCCCCAGCAGUCUGAGCAAGAUGUUCUUCCUAUCGGUACCGACGGCGCAACUCUGCAAACUCUCGACUUGCCGAACAUGGGCGCUACGGUUCCGCUCCCGAGCAACGGCCAGAACCUCGCAGUCAUCGUUCACGAGGGCAACGUCGAGGUAAUCCUGGAAGAUGUUGCUGCUUUUACCCAGUCGCGUGGUGAUCGCUGGGCCGUGGAAGCGGGAAAGGAGUGCAGAGUGCGGAACCUGCACACGGGAAGCAAGGCUGUGCUUUUCGUCGUUGGAAUACCGGUUCGGAGAAACAACGAGUAG